UUCUUAUGGUCCGUAUAUGAUAAAAUAAAAUAAAAUAAAAGACUCUGAGUGGAGUAGAAGGUUUCUGAGAGAGAGAGAAACCAAUGCAAUUCGGCGACGACCGCCUGAAACAGAAGAAGAGGAGGAGGCUUUUAUCAUCAUCAUCAUCAUCAUCAUCAUCAUCAUCAUCAUCAUCAUCAUCAUCAUCAUCGAUCAUCAUCAUCAUCAUCAUCAUCGAUCGUUGAGCAUCUUUGAAGAGAAGAUGAGACUCAUCGUCGUCGUCUCAAGAAGAAGGUGUCUACUACUAGUACUGGGGGGUGCUCCUUUUCUCUGUUCGCUGCUACGGUUAUCGCUCGCCACGGUUGUCCUCAAUUCCAUCUCUGCCUCUUUUCCGGAUCUCCCUGCUAAAUUUGACGGCUCCGUGACCAAAAACGGAAUAUGUGGAGCUCUAUACGUGGCAGAUCCUCUCAACGGCUGCUCACCGCUGCUCCACGCCGACGCAUCCAACAACUUGACUCAACAACAGAGGACGAGGACUAGGACUAACUUCGCUUUGAUCAUACGAGGCGAAUGUUCUUUUGAAGAUAAGCUCCUCAACGCACAGAAGUCAGGUUUUCGUGCUGUCAUUGUCUAUGACAACUUUGACAACCAAGAUCUCGUCGUUAUGAAGGUGAACCCUCAGGACAUUACAGUUGUUGCAGUCUUCGUUUCAAAUGUUGCUGGUGAGGUUUUGAGCAAGUACGCCAGAGGCCGAGAUGGUGAAUGCUGCCUUUAUCCCCCUACCAAAGGGAGCGCUUGGACUGUCCUCGCCAUCUCUUUCUUCUCUCUCCUUCUCAUCCUCACUUUCCUCUUGCUUGCCUUCUUUGCUCCCAGACACUGGACCCUAUGGCGUCGAGGAACCCACAACCGAACCAUUAGGGUAGAUGCUAACCUUGUCCACUCACUCCCCUCCUUCACCUUCACUACUGAUUCUUCUUCCCACAAUCCCGGGGAUACUUGUCCAAUUUGUCUCGAGGAUUAUAUCUCUGGAGAAACCCUCAGACUUCUCCCCUGCCAACAUGCUUUUCACUUGAGUUGCAUCGACUCUUGGUUGACAAAAUGGGGUACGUCUUGCCCAGUGUGCAAGCAUGACAUAAGCUCCGAGACUUUCUCUUCUGAGGUACAUAAACGAGAGUGCCCUAGAACGGAUACAAGUACGAGUAGAUUUGCAUUUGCUCAAUCCAGUCAAAGCCAUUAAGCUUUAUUAUCAGCUUGUAGCAGCUGAACACACAUAUCGGUGCUCGGUUUUGUCAUAUGUGGAUCGGUUCCAGGUUUGCAUCGAUCUGAGGGUCCAAAUGAUAGUGAACGGGUAAAAUCAUGGUGGGAUAAGUAUAGGUUAGUCCACUGACUGGAUUAGCCAUACUGGUCGAUGCUGUGCACUGCUGGUUUUCCCAGAUCAAAAAGAUCUGAGUUGCUUUGCUUGUUCUUUGCAUUUGUACAUUGGUUGUACAUAUACAUACGUACGCUAGGAGUCAUUCUCGUUUCUUUUCUUUCUUUUUUUCCAUAUAAUUGAUCAUUGUGUGUUUGUUGUUUCG